CGCGAAAAUACGGUUAUGAAAAAAUACGAGAUACAAAAUAUGAUACUAUGAUACUUUAGGAGAUCGAUUGGCAGUUAUGAAUAAAUCGUACCUCAAAAUAAACAUUUUUUGUAUAGAUUGGCCACAUUGAAAUAUUGUGACUGGCUUCUUAUCAAUUUUCUGAAAACUGUAACUCCCCGGUUCUUGUAGUUUAAAAAUUCGAGAAUAUUUUCGUAUAAGAAUUAAAAAUUUCAUAUUUGUAAUAAUAUAUUAUUCUUCACAUUAACGUUAUUUGACAUUUUUUUUCGCUUAUACAGUAAUACAUAACUUUGUUGUGGCCAUUAUUAUGUACGUUUUAAAUUGUAAUUUAAGGAUAUUAUUAUAUGGCAAUUGUUAUUAUCUAAACAAAUAAAGGUAGGCACCUAAGUAAUAAUUUCUGCGAUAGAUAUUUUUUAUUACUAUUUGUAAAUGCUCUACUGAGUUAUGUAUUCAGUCAUUCAUGGGAACUAUUAAACUAGAAAACUAGAUUUGACAGUUGACUUGAAAUCUAACCUAACCAGUAUUAUUUAUUUUAUACAUUUUAAGAUAAAUGGUACCUGUGUUACAAAUAAUUCUUGGAAAUCAGCACUGAGUGAUUGUGUUUUUUGUCUGUAUGUUGUAAGAGUGGCAGAACCAAUCAUGACUGUAGAAGAUGGAAAUUAUUUGGGUAAUUAAUAUUGAAUAUUAAGUUUUAAUAUUUUGUGUAGAAUAUAAUUAAUACUAUUUUAACAGGAAUGUCUCUGUGUAUGCUACUAAAUUUAAAAUUAUACUGUAGGUAAAAUUAAUGCAAAUUCAAUUUUGAAAAAAGGAAAAAAUUGUCAUUACAAUAUGAUUUUCCAAUAAAAAAAAAAAGAAAGAUUAAUUUAAAUAUUUUAUGUAAUCAAACAUAAAUGGAAGAUUUGUUUAUAACAAUGGGUUUGAAAGUAUUUGUGAUUUAAAUUGAUAAAUCUAUUUUUAAUUUACUUAAGUUAAGACAUUAAUUUAUUCAAAUAAUGGGUUUUUAAUUUUUGAUUCUGAUAGUUUUUAUAUUUUUUCUUGCUUAUUAAAUCUAUAUAUGUAUCUUUAUAUUUAUUUUUUUUAUCUUUCUCUUAUGUACAGAUUCUACACUUAAGAGGACGCUAUACCCGCAUGUGCUGUCUCAGUUAAACUAAUAGACAAUACAGCAAAAAUCACCUUUUAUAAAAUUAAAAGAAUUUGUGCGUUUUUAAUUUUAUAAUAGAUACUUUUAGUCUAAAACUAAAAUAUUAAGUGAGUUCUACAUAGUCUGCAUAAGACAGGUUUUGCUAUAUUGCCUGUUAGUUGAACUGAGACAGCACAUGUGGGUAUAGUGUCCUCUUAAGUAAUACUGUAUUUUUGUAAUUUAGGUUUGUACUAUAUAAUAAUUCAAAUAAAUACCUAUCGUUUAUUUUCAAUGAAAUAUUCAAAAUAUUACAUUAAUCAUAAUAAAUAGUUUUAAUAACUGGUGGUUUUAGAUAAAGAGUUUAAUAACUAUUACGGUGUUGUUUUCACAAACAACAAUGAAGACAAGAUAAAUACUUCAUAUCAUUUAUUGAACACAGAAAAUACAGAGAAGCAACAUGUUAAAGUCUGCCAAGGUAACUUUUAAACACUGUAAUGUUAAUAUCAUAAUUAAUAUUAAUUGAUACAGUAAAUUAAUUUUUUUCAAUUUUGUUUUAGUAUUUUUAAGAAAAGUGUUUACUCUACUGAUAUUACAAUUACUUGCAUUCAAUUUUAUGGGCUUUUUCUGUUUAUUUACACCAAAAAUACGAUUCUUCAUUUACAACUUGUAAGAAACAUUCCAGUUCAAUUAUUAUAAAUAACUAAUAAUCAGGGUUCAUAACUUGUAGGUUUAAAAAUGUUAUUAUUACAAUUGUUUGAUUUCCAGGCAUAUAAUUAAUAUAAACUAAAUCAUUAGUAAAUAGAUAGACCUUAAGGAAGUCCAGGUUUAAGUUUGGUGUUCUUAUCAUUGUCCGACAGGAUGUUUGAAAUAUGUUUUAAACAAUUUAACUUGUUUUCCUUUGAAAUAAUAAAAUAAGCAUUAAAAACAUGAAAGUACUAAAAUAGUACCAAAAUUUAGAAAUAUUUUACAACAAAAAUUGAAUUUGUUUUUUGUUCUGAAACAAAUUUGUAGUUUAUUUAGGUGUCUCUAAAACUCUCCAUACAUAAUCAAACAAUUUGCGCAAUGUUAUGUACCCAAACUUUGGUAGAUACACAAUGCAAUGGCAAGUACAAACUUCAGUUCAAUUUUUAAUAAUAACAUAAAUUAAAAGAUUGAGAGAACAUCAUGUAUUUACUUCCUCGCAUAGUUUUUACCAGCUAAUGCUUGUUUAACAUUGUCAUAGAUGUUCAAACUGCUUGUCAAACAUAGUUAUCGCGUAAACUGUUUGAUUAUGUAUGGUGAAGCUUAAAACCUAUCAAAACUAUUUCUAUUCAAAUACUACAAGUUACGAGCCCUACUAUUAACUAAUAAGUAAUAAAUAAUUUGUAUAUUUCAGUGAAUAUAUGUUAUCAAUCACGUUAAUAUUAAAUGUAGUUGUACUUAUUUUUUUACACAUGAAACGGAAAAAUUAUCCAAUCAACCUUGUAAUAUUAAUUGUUUUUGUAAGUAUACCAGCAACAUAGAUUAUUGCAUUUUUAAAAUGUAAUUAUCAAAUUAAUUUCAUAUGCAGACUGUGAUAGAGGCUUGUACUGUUGGUGUUGUAGUCACGUCAUUUGAUUUGUUUUUACUACUACAGACAUUAUUACUCACAUUGGUUGCUAUCAUUGUGACAACAUUGUACUUGAGUAGAACAAAGAGAGUUUGUUUAUCAUUCGCCGAGUAUUGGUGAGUGUAUUUUGCUAUAAUAUUAAAUAUUACAUACUUGAUAAUUUUAAUUAAUAAAGUAUUUUAUUUUACUCUUUACUUAGAAUGUAAAUAUUGUUUAUUUAUAGUUGUCUGUUGGUUGUCACUAUAUUUUCUGCUGGAAUAUCGGUACAAAUAUUACUGGGCAGUACCACAUAUGAACUCAUAUUUUCGACUAUUGGAUCGUUAUUAUUUUCAAUGUUCCUCAUAAAUAGUGCUCAGGUAAUAUGAUUUUCAUUAUAAUAAUAUUAAGUGACACAUGUAUAUAUAUAUAUAUGCAAUUUGUUUUAUGUAGAGACUAAUGUGGAAGUUGCAUCCUGAAGAUUAUGUUUUUGGGACUAUCAGCAUAUAUUUUGACAUAAUCAAUUUAGUUCCUUGUGCACUUCAUAAAAUUUACAACUUUGGAAUAUAAAAUUGCAUUUUUUGUAUAUUAAAAAAUGUUACCUUCCUACUAAUAAAAGUAAAUUAAAAACAAACAAAUUUAUUUUUGUGGUAUUAAUAGCAGUUAUUUUACAAGUUUGUACACAUUUUUGAUACUAAAAACAAGUAUUUCAGUCAAUUUUAAUAUUAAAAAAUGAAAAAUGUUAAUUUUUUUUCUUUUUAAUUUACUACUCAUGACUUGUUAUUUUUUUUUGCGUUGAGGAAUGCUUGAAGUUGACCUGUGCUUUCUAAAUAAUUCAUUACUACUGUUUCUUGAGUUUCAGGUGUUGUUGGUGAAUAUCUAACAUAUUCCAUGCUGAAUUCUCCCUUACCCUGGGUCAAAGAUCGUAGUUCUCCAGCAAACCCAAACAUACAGUUCAAUGGUACCUCUGCAUAGAUUGUGACCCAAUCAGCCGUUCCUUCGCUUCCACUAAUGAUACCACUGCGCUUGUUAAACUGACCCAUAACAGCUCCCUGAAAUUCUGUGGGGACAACUGCUUCAACUUCCAUAAUUGGUUCUAAAAUUUGCCAUGCAGCUUCUUCAUAUGCUUGUUUAAUAGCACCUUGGGUAGCUAAUAUAAACGCUAAUUCACUAGAAUCCACCAUGUGAUGAGCACCAUCCAAUAACCUCAUACGUAAACCUGAUAUCCUAUGUCCAGAAUAUAAACCUUUUUCUGCCAUAAUUUUAAAACCUUUUAUUAUACCUGGGACGAACUGCUUAGGUACAUUGGGUCCACAAGUUUCAUCAACAAAAUCCAAAUUUGUAUUUUCAUUCAUUGGUAAUGGCUCUAAGAUUCCUAUAACUCUGGCGUAUUGUCCUUGACCUCCAUGCUGCUUCUUAUGGAAAUAAUCAAAUUCAAAUGGAUUUACCAGAGUCUCCCUGAAUGCGACUUUUGGCUUACCUAAAUUCACUGCACAGUUGUAUUCUUUUUGCAUUCUUUGAGCGUAGAUUUCUAAAUGCAAUUCACCCAUGCCAGAAACUAUAGUUUCUUUGUUAUCUGUAUCAUAAUGGAAUUUGAAGGUGGGAUCUUCUUUGGUAAAUCGAGCUACGGCUUUACUGAAAUUGUCUCUGUCUUUGCUGUUUACAGGAGAAAUAGCCAUAGAGACAACCGGAUCAGGUACAUAAAUAGAUUCUAAUGACAAAUUUAAUUUUUUAUCCGUAAUAAAUGUAUCACCACUAGCGCAAUCAACGCCAAAAAGUGCAAAUAUAUCGCCAGCAAAUAUUUCAUUCACUUCUUCCAUUUGAUCUGCGUGUAGCCGAACUAAUCUAGAUAAUCGUACUUUUUUGGAAGUUCUAAAAUUGUAAAUGGUAUCACCUUUGGACAAUUUACCUUGAUAACAUCUCAUAUAUGUUAACUGACCAAAUCGUCCGGCUUCUAAUUUAAAAGCUAAAGCAAUGAAUGGAUUAGUGCCAUCUCUACUGGGGUUCAAUACUACUUUCUCAGGCUGGCCAUUAUCAUCAGUCAUUUUAAGCGCAAUAUUCUCCACUUCGCCGGGAUUAGGUAGAUAUGAUAGCACAGCGUCCAAUAAUGGUUGAACACCUUUGUUUUUCAGUGCUGUACCAAGGAGAACAGGUGUAAACGUUCGUUUUAUACAACACCGCCUUAUAGCGUCAAUUAGUUCUUGUUCGGUAGGAGUUUUUUCUUCAAGGAACAUUUCUCCUAGUGUUUCGUCGGCAUUUGAUACAUGUUCAAUCAACUCUUGACGCUUUUCUUCAACCAGUGAUACCAUGUCCUCCGGAAUAUCACCGUAUUCUAUGUCUAUACCAAAAUCUCCAUUGAAAAAAAUCGACCUCCUGUGAAUUAAGUCAAUGAUUCCCUUGAGCUUGCUUUCAUUUCCGAUCGGCAGUUGUAAGAACGCAGCGUUGUGCCCCAGUUUACUUCUAAUAUUGGCCAAAACUUUGUGUGGAUCAGCCCCAAGCCGAUCUAAUUUAUUUAUGAAAGCAAUGCAUGGUACGUUAUAGCGUUUCAUCUGUCUGUUUACUGUCAAGGUUUGACUCUGUACGCCUCCCACUGCACACAGAACCAAAACGGCGCCAUCCAAAACCCUGAGUGCCCUCUCUACUUCGACUGUAAAAUCGACGUGACCGGGAGUGUCGAUGAUGUUGAUGUUGUAGUUUUUCCAAAUUGUAUAAGUAGCCGCUGAUUGAAUCGUAAUGCCCCUCUGCCUUUCUAGUUCCAUGGAAUCCAUUGUCGCGCCAACGUUGUCUUUUCCUUUGACUUCAUGCAUUUUCGAUAUUUUACCAGUGUAGUAGAGUAUUCUUUCCGUCAGCGUAGUUUUACCGGAAUCGAUAUGUGCCGAGAUGCCGAUAUUACGAAUAUACUGCAACUCUUUCGUAUCGGUAGUGCCAGCAACGUUGCACAUGCAUCGAAUCCAUAAUUUUGCUUUUUUUGAAAUAGCCAGUCUCCCGAAAUUCAUACCGAAAUACAUUUUUGUUUUCAAAAGGUUACGACGACGAGUCAAUAUAAGACUAUUCAAACGAUCGAUUUAACAUAAUAUAACAUCGAGUUACCACGAGUCCGCGAGAAAUACUUAGAGGGCGGACGGUGAAAAUGAAUAAGAAAAUUAGCAAACUCAAACUUGAUAUCUGUUAUCAUCUGCCGGUGCUAUUGAUAUUAAAUAAUUAUCAAAUGUCCGGUCACGGUUAUUGAUAUGCACGGUAUAUAGAAUCACGAUCGCGAUUUAAGAUCGAUUUAAUCGUAGAUAGAAUCAUAGACAUAUUAACUAGUUCUGUGGAUAGAAUGGUUACACAACAUAGAGUAGUAUAACAGAUUAUAUUAUUAUAAUCUGUGGUAAUCAAAGACCUAUUUGUUAAUAUGUCUAUGACGUAGAAUAAUUACUCUAUGGUCUAUGGUGGUAAUAUAUUAAUAUG